CCAUGGUCCAUCAACUUCGUCAUCCUCGAAAGCAGCAAGAAGGUAAGGCAAUCAAGUCCCUGCGAUUGUCGACGAUGGCCAACCAAGCGCUGACGAAGGCGACGCAAGAGUAGUUUCAAGUGAGGAUCGAGUUUCAGGCUUCUUGGAGGCCGGCAGAGCAGCUUUUUUCUUCUUCUUCUUCUUCUUCUUCUUCUAAACUUGCCUGGACCCCGGACGCAGGGGACGCCCUCCCCAUAAAUAAACAACUCUCAGGAAUGCCAGCCUUCGUUCUCGUCCCUGCCUCACCUUCCGAUCUCGAGGAAGUAGCCCGCGUCCAGUUCGCCGCCUGCGCCUCCGACCAUGGGUUUCCCGUCAUCUUCCCCAAAGGAGCCACCUUGACCUCCAUCACCCAUUUUGUGCAUGCGUACGAAAACGACCUGGAGAACGACCCGAGCUGCCACCUGAUGGUGGUCAAGGAGGCCAUGUCCGGCGAGAUCGCGAGCUUUGCCGUCUGGCAUUUCUACCCUCCCAAAAGCCAAGAGGAGGUCGAGCAGGAGAUGCUGAUGCGUGACUUCCCGCUCCCCGACGACGCUGUCAAGGAACUGGGGAGUCGCUUGGCCCACAAUAGCAUCAGGAAACGCCAUGAAGUCGUGGCAUCCGCCAUCGGGACGGAGAAGCCCUAUGUGUAUCUCGCCGCGGUCGGUACCAGCCCGAAAUACCAGAAGCAAGGCGCUGCAUCUCUUUUGGUCCAGUGGGGUCUGGAGCGAGCGGAUGACCGAGGGCUGCCAGCCUACGUCGAGAGUGCUCCGGCGGCGUUACGACUCUACGAGAAGCAUGGCUUCAAGGAAGUUUGCAAACUACCCCUGGAGAUGUCACCGUGGAAGGAAGGGGAAUAUUUGAAUGUAUGCAUGGUUCGACAGCCUCCAAGCUGAAUAUGUUUUGACCCCCCGACGCCAUCCGCAUGCCGCUUUGAUCUUCACUGGCCUCUAUUCUGCCCGUAAUUUGGCCCUAACCAUCAAGGGUCCCUGCUUCUCCCCUAUUCCCACGCUCUCCACGAUCAAUUCCUCGGUAGGAUCCAGGACCUCAAGGUCGUAUCGACGCC